UUCAAGACGACAUGGAUGUUGACCGAAACUUGGAAGUAUCUGAGUUUUAUCGGGGCUCAACCAUUCUCAUUACUGGCGCUACGGGUUUUGCCGGUCAAGUUUUGCUGGAGAAAAUCUUACGACAGCUUAAUCCUCGUAAACUCUACGUUCUUGUACGUAGGAAACGAGGUGAAAACGCUCGACAGCGGAUUAAGCAGCUGUUCAAUAAUGUUCUUUUUGACCAGGUUCGCCAAGAUGAUUUGCCAGUCUGCGUAGUUCCACUAGAUGUUGAUUUUGAUCAAGAACAUCUCUCUUUUGGCGAAUCCUUACGGGAGAACCUAGCAAAUGAAGUCACGGUGGUCUUUAACCUGAUGGCAAAUGUGAACUUCAACGAGCCCAUUUCAGCUGCUCUUCAAACUAACGUCGAGUAUUCCAGGAGACUUCUGCAACUGAUCAGCACAUUCCACCAUUUGAAGGCUUUCCUACACGUUUCAACUUUCUUCUCCAACUACGAUCGUACAACAAUAGAGGAAGUCAUCUACCCCGACACUAACUUUGGCGGAUACGAGAACGUCCGGAAAAUUCUAGCGCAACUAAAGCCAAUGGAAAGAGAAGCCCUCACUUCGUUCAUACUCGAUAAACAUCCAAACACUUACACCUACAGCAAAAAAUGUGCAGAAUCGAUGAUCAACGACAACUUCAGUCAGCUACCGAUCGGAAUCUUCCGACCCCCUAUUGUGAGUUCGACAUAUUGUGAGCCCUUUCCGGACUGGUAUUACAAAUACCACGGGCCUUGUGGGUUGAUAUUGGCCUUAUACUACGGAUUGCUGAGCGUUUUGCCUUUCAGUUUUGAGAAGAAAACAUAUCUAGCACCGGUUGAUUACUGCAUAAAUGGAAUGCUGUGCUGCGCUGUUGAUGUGUUCAGAAAACAUUGUCAACGAAGCGCGAGUGGUCCAGGAACGGUGCAGGUGUACAAUUUUACGGAUGCCACCAAAAAUUGCAGUUGGAAGGAAGCUUACCGCUGGUACCUGGAAGGCAUAACGCCUUACUAUAGCUAUUUGAGGGUUCGCUUCCUAACGCUAACAAGUGACAAUCAUUUCCUUUGCGAAGCUGGUUUCUGGUGGAUGAGAAUGCCAGCGGUCAUCGUCGAUUGCGUCUCUUGGGUCUUAAGAAGAAAAUCGUCAACAUUUGCUAUUACCAGUACAGAACGAAUUAUCAAGCAAGUGAAGUUACUUAGACCUUUCUGUGUCCAAGAAUGGGGAAUAGGAAAUCGAAACAUGAUCAAAGUAAUAGAAGGGCUGAACGUGCAUGACAAACUCCGAUUCCCAUGUGAUCUCAGAAACGUUGAUUGGAAAACGCACCUGAACCGAUUUCUCCCGGGAGUAUUGAAAUAUGUGGUGAAUUCUAGAAAAUGAAAUUCGAGAGAUUUUAAUAAAUUUGAAGGAUCAUUUUUUAAA